AUGUACAACAACCCCAUCAUCCCCGGUUUCAACCCGGACCCUUCCAUCAUCCGCGUCAACCACGACUACUUCCUCGUCACCUCCUCCUUCGAGUACUUCCCCGGCGCGCCAAUCUACCACAGCACCGAUCUAAUCCGCUGGACAUUGAUCGGCCAUGCCCUGACGAAACCCAGCCAGUUGCAGAUCCACACCCCCGAACCGGGGGGCGGGAUCUGGGCAACAACACUGCGCCACCACAAGGGGACAUUCUACAUCAUCGCCGCCAGCUUCGAGCGGUACCGUCCGCAGCAGGACGACCGGGUCUGGCCGCGAGGAUUCUACGCCAAGACGGAGGAUAUCUGGGAUUCGGACUCGUGGUCUGAUCCCGUGUAUUUCGACCAGGUCGGGUUCGACCAGGAUCUCUUCUGGGACGACGAUGGAACCGUGUACCUCUCGUCGACGUACCGCAAGCUCACGCGCACCCCGGACGCAAAUCUCAAGGAUUUCGCAAUCCACAUCGCAACAGUCGAUCUCGAGACGGGCAACUCCACCUCCGAGCCGAAACUGAUCCGCGAGUCGGCCUCGGGCGUGUCUGAGGGCUCGCAUAUCUUCAAGCGCGGGAAAUACUACUAUCUCUUCACGGCGGAGGGGGGCACCGAGAGCGGGCACUGCGAGUGGGUUUGUCGGAGCGAUGUCAGUCCGUUUGGUCCGUGGGAGGUCGGGCCGCGCAAUCCCCUGUGGCGGAAUGGGGUGGACGACGAGGUGCAGAAUACCGGGCAUGCGGAUCUCGUCGAGGACGCGGAGGGGAACUGGUGGGCGGUUUUUCUCGGGGUGAGGCCGGCUUGGAAGGAUGGGGGCUGGGAGGAGUCGGUUUUUGGUCGUGAGACGUUCCUCGUUCCCAUGGAAUGGAAGGACGAUUGGCCUGUUAUCAAUGGCGGGCAGAAGAUUACUCUCAAGUCUGAUGGACCGGGGCUUUACGAGUUUGAGCCGCCGGUGGCUUGGAGGGAUGAUUUUUGCAAUACACCCGUGAAAACCGACUAUUCUCUGACGGAGCGUCCCCACCAUCUGCGUCUACACGGGGGCCCAUACGACCUAUCCUCACCGGCAUGCCCGACUCUCUUCCUGAGGAAGCAAUCCUCUCGCCACUGCACCUGGGAGACACGGCUCUCCUUUCACCCCUCUUCCGUCAACGUAGAAGCCGGCACGGUGGUCUACUGGAACUACUUCACUCACAGCUCCGUAGGCGUCCGGUUAUCCCCGGAAGGGAAACGUAUUGUACGCUUUCGACCGGCGGAAGGCGAGGUCGUUGACCGGGAGUUGGGCCAUAGCUCCGAUAUCGUCUUCCUGAUUGAAUGCGGAGACGGGUAUCGGUUCGGAUUCAAGGAGGUCAGCGAGGCAGCCGAAUGUUCGACACAGUGGAUUGGGGAGGUUUCGAAUAGCGUCAUGACCCGAGCGCCUCCUGUCGGGGCACCAUUCACGGGCAUGAUGCUGGGAUUGUAUAGUUAUGGCGAGUUGCAAAAGUGUCUCACCCCGGCUGAUUUCCAUUAUGCUGAGUUUCGGUGA